AGAGCCGAAGAUGUCGGCUCGGUCAUGUGAUCAGCUGUGUCCAAUCACGGCUGAUCACAUCUGUCACGCUGACAGCUCGUGAGGAGAGCAGAGCCGGUAAUCGGCAUCCCUCAGAGGGGACAUGUACACUGAUCAUCAGGGCACUGAUGACCAGUGUGCCCUGAUGAUCAGUGUGUCCCCAGAAGUGCCACCUCUCAGUGUCCAUCAGUGCCAGCAGUCAGUGCUCAUCAGUGCCACGUGCCAGUGCCCAUCAGUGCCACAUCAAUGCCACAUAUCAGUGCAUACCAGUGCACAUCAAUGCCACAUAUCAGUGCCCAUCUGAGCUGCCUUUCAAUGUCACCCAUCAGUGCCACCUAUCAAUGCCAAUCAGUGCCACCUAUCAGUGCUGCCAAUCAGUGCCACUAUCAGUGCCACCUAUCAGUGCUGCCAAUCAGUG